AUGGGUCUGGGACGAUUCAUCCACCAUAUCGGUGCCUUUUUCCUCUUGGCAGCAACAGUCAUGCUCAUUGUAGUGAGCAUUACAGCUCCUGUUGUCAAUGACAUAGCCCUCCUCAAGGUCAACUUGAACGGCAAUUCUGGGGGAGGAAAUGGUGUGAAUUUUGGAACUUUUGGGUAUUGUGUCACAAGAAGCAGUGGAAGCGAUAGUUGCACAAGCGCUCGCAUUGGCUACGACCCUUCCAAUGCCGUAGCCGGCACCAACUUCUCCAAUGCUGGCUCGGACACUGCAAAGGCCUUGACGUAUGUCAUGGUCCUGCAUCCUAUUGGUGCUGGACUUUGCUUCAUUGCCUUCCUUCUGGCUCUCGGUGCCGGCAUCUUUGGCUCCCUCAUGUCCACGCUUGUUUCACUCCUGGCCUUCUUUGUUACUAUCAUUGCCCUGGCUUGUGACUUCGCUGGAUUCUCCAUUGUCAGACGACGUAUCAACCGAGACACCUCCGCCAGUGCUCGCUGGUCUGUUGGUAUCUGGCUCGUCCUUGCCGCAGCUAUUCUCUGUCUCAUCGGCACUAUCGCCGUCUUCGUUACCUGCUGUUCUGGCCGUCGUCGCCGCAACCGCGAGAACAAGAAGAUGGCAGCCUACAACUCUUCUCCCACCCGAUACUAA